UCUUGCGGUCGCGGCGUAUGGACUGCAGUGAGAGCUGUUGUUGCUGUCUGUCAAAGGGCGGCGUCGCGCGCGCGGUGCCGGUUCAGAGCUGGCGUGCGAGGCCUGGGCGUGUCGUGCAGCAGCCCCGAUGGCGGCUCUGAUCGAUUGGAGCGCUCUGCGGCGAGCUCAAGUACGAGCCUCGAGCCAGCAUCGACGCAGAGCUUGGCUCUGCCUUUGAGAAACAGCCGCGAGCCGUCACAAUGAUGAAGACGGCGGUCUUAGCAGCCGCAGCGAUUGUGAAACCCAGCGUGGAAUCGAUGUGCCGCCUCCCGCUCGCGACGCAGCGCUUCCCCUGGACCAAAAACCGCCUGGCGCGCUCUCUCUGACGGACGAGCCGACGCUCUGCUCCCACGACGUCGAGGCUCCGCUGCGAGGAGCCCUCGGUCGCGCCGCCGCCGAGGAGGGCGUUCGUUGAGCGGUAUGUGCGCGCAGGUCUCGGUCGACGCCUUCGCGCCCGCGGCACGAUCACUCCGCACCGAUGUGAGGCGCCAAGUCUUCCAGCAGGACCCGGACCAGAAGCGCGGGCCCGCGUCCGGACGCUCGGUCGACGUCUCGCGCGCGCCGACCCAAGACGCCGUCGACGCGCGCCACUCCGCAGGCCCCUCACGGCGGCGAACGAGCCCGAGGAGUUCUUCGCGAGCGACUUCGAGUCCAUGGCCCCCGAGGAGAAGCUCAAGGACCCGCUGGUGCUGCUCGGCCUCGGCUCCAUCUUCCUGCCCUUCAUCAUGAUAUUGGGGUUUCAGGCGACGGGUGUGAUAUGAUCUAGGCUAGUCGUG